AAAUCUUCGAGCUAAUGGUUCCAUUUCCGACGCACAAAAUGGUGGCCAACUCUUUCCGGUUUAUCGUUGCACGCGUUGCACGACACGAUGAAGGCGAAGGGUGACUUGAAAGAAUAUGAAGUGGUAGGGCGUAAGCUCCCUACCGAGAAGGAGAAAACGACGCCUCUGUAUAAAAUGAGAAUAUUUGCUCCUGAUGCUAUAGUAGCCAAAUCUAGGUUCUGGUACUUCUUACGUCAGUUGAAGAAGUUCAAGAAGUCCACCGGGGAAAUUGUGUCUCUGAAGCCGAUUCCAGAGAAAACUCCAUUGAAAAUAAAGAACUUUGGCAUCUGGCUGAGAUACGAUUCUAGAUCGGGUACGCACAACAUGUACAGAGAAUACAGAGAUCUCUCGGUGAGCGGAGCGGUGACACAGUGCUAUAGAGACAUGGGUGCCCGUCAUCGCGCUCGGGCCCACUCCAUACAGAUCAUCAAGGUGGAGAUCGUAAAGGCCGUGAACUGUCGCAGACCUCAAGUGAAGCAGUUCCACGAUUCCAAGAUCAAGUUCCCGCUGCCGAAGAGAAUACAUCACAGGAACCGCAUGCCGCUGUUCAGCGUACGAAAGCCGCGCACUUACUUCCUUUAAAUGUCAUCAGCGAUCGUUUGUAAGGUCAAAUCAGAAUGCACAGAUGUAUCUCGGUGGAACUUUAAGUAAAUUUGUGAGAUCGGCA